AUGAUGCUAGUCAAAGCGCUGGGUAUAAAGUAUUUCUGGGUCGACGCUCUCUGCAUCCUGCAAGACGACAUGGAGGAGAAGUUCCGUGUCGUCCCGAUGAUGGACCGCGUAUACGGACACUCGAUCCUCACAAUCUGCGCCGCCGCCGGCAGCGGCUCUCACCACGGAAUCCCAGGAUCGCCAUCUACGCCCCGCGAGGCCCGGCAGCCAACGGUCCGGUGCAACGGCAUCGACCUGGUGACCACCAAGACGGUCGAGGGGCUCGUCGAAAACACCAUGUGGAAUAGCAGGGCGUGGACGUUCCAGGAACGGAUGCUCUCCAAGCGGUCCAUGAUCUUUGUCGAGAAUCGCGUCUUCUUUCAGUGCCGCCACGCGACGUGGUCCGAAGAGGUCUUUUCCGAGGUGCUCGCCCCGUCGUGGACCCUGGAAAUGAUCCGGUCUCCGCUGAAAUCGUUUGAGAAGAACCCGGUCAGGCUGUACUUGGAGUGCGUCGAGCUCUUCAGCGGCAGGCUCAUGACGUAUCAGGGCGAUCGGUUACCGGCCUUUGAGGGCAUGGCGGCCAUUCUUUCUCCGCCGCUCCGCGCCAACCUCUUUUACGGGAUGCCAGACUCCUAUUUCGACUUUGCCCUCUUGUGGGAGAAGAAGAUUUCCGGCCUCAGGCUCGAGGACUUGGGUGGUCGAUCGCGGUAUCCCAGCUGGUCGUGGAGCGGCUGGCAUGGUGCGUCGACGUGGCGGCUGUCCAUGGUCUCUGGUAUUUUGUUGAAUCUUCACGAGUGGUUGAAGUCGCACACUUGGGUCGUAUGGUAUAAGAUGGCACGAGAUGAACCCACGGGGAACCGUCCACUGGUAACUAGCGAGGCCAGCAAAAAGUCAACUUUCGAAGUCGUGUGGUCAUCAGGUGAAAUCCACCACAACCCAAAUCGAUGGCACGGAUACGCCAGAGCCCCUGCACAAGACAUCCCUUUCGGUCGUCAGAUUAGCCAGAGCGAUGAAGAGCACCCAGAAGAGAUCGCACAUGCACCCAAACCAACCAUGCCCACCACAACCAUUUUGCGAGAGGAUUACCUCUACUUCUGGACCUACACCGCCUUCUUUCAGCUCUCUAGAACAAGCCGCAGCAGCCCGUCCUUCGCCUCCAAGCUCGAGGCAGGCCUCCACCGCUUCGGCCUUCUCGAUGCCCACGGCGACUGGUGCGGCACGGUGAUCCUCGAAGAUACAUGGUUCGCCCGCGUGGGCGACGUCGUCGAGCUCGCAGCCAUCUCGGACGCCCGGGACUUUUCAAUGGAGGAGCUGGAUAGCUGGAACUACUAUGUGCCCGAGGACCGCGAGGUGUCCGAGUGGCAUCUGUACUACGCGUUCGUCAUCACCUGGAACAAGGAUCGUAGCGUUGCUGAAAGGGCUGGGCUGGCGAAGGUGUAUCAGCGGGCGUUCGACAUGGCUUCUUUUCGCCCUGGAAAGGCGUGGAAGGAGAUCACUCUUGGAUAG